AGGCGGGGCGCGGGGCGCUGUCAGGGCCGCGGCUCCAGGCCCCCAGCCGCGCUCGCCCGGCCGCGAUCCGAGGCGCGAGUUCGCCUUCAGCCAUGGCCCCGGGAGCUUAGCGGGGCCCGGACGCCGCCCCGGCGCCUCUACCCCGCGGCGCCGCCGCCGCCCGCCCGCGCGGAGCCCUCCCUCGCCGCCACCCGCGUCCCCGGCGCCGCCGCGGGCCGCCGCCCCCUCCCCGCCCUCCGCGGCCUCGUCCGCUCUCCGCGCCGGGGCCGCUGGUGGCACCGCCCGCGGCCUGCGGGAGCGCUGCGCCCGGCCUCGGCCCGCGCCUGCGCCCCCGGAGCCCGCACCCCGGCCCGGCCCGCGAGACCCCGGCCCGACCCCGCCGCCCGCACAAAAUGUCGGCCCGGACGCCAUUGCCGACGGUGAACGAGCGGGACACGGAGAACCACACAUCUGUGGAUGGACACACCGAACCCCACGUGCAGCCUCCCAAAUCCAGCAGCAGACAGAACUUCCCCCGGUGCAGAAACUCCAUCACGUCCGCAACAGACGAGCAGCCUCACAUUGGAAAUUACCGUUUACAGAAGACCAUAGGGAAGGGGAACUUUGCCAAAGUGAAAUUGGCAAGACAUGUUCUAACUGGGAGAGAGGUCGCUGUGAAAAUAAUAGAUAAAACUCAGCUAAAUCCUACCAGUCUACAAAAGCUGUUUCGAGAAGUUCGAAUAAUGAAGAUACUGAAUCAUCCUAACAUAGUAAAAUUGUUUGAAGUGAUUGAGACAGAGAAGACCCUGUACUUAGUCAUGGAGUACGCAAGUGGGGGUGAAGUAUUUGAUUACUUAGUUGCCCAUGGAAGGAUGAAAGAAAAAGAGGCCCGUGCAAAAUUUAGGCAGAUUGUAUCUGCUGUGCAGUAUUGCCAUCAAAAGUGCAUUGUUCACCGUGAUCUUAAGGCUGAAAACCUUCUCCUUGAUGCUGACAUGAAUAUUAAAAUUGCUGACUUUGGUUUUAGUAACGAAUUUACAGUCGGGAACAAAUUGGACACGUUCUGCGGCAGCCCCCCUUACGCGGCUCCGGAGCUCUUCCAAGGGAAGAAAUACGACGGGCCCGAGGUGGACGUGUGGAGUCUUGGCGUCAUCCUCUACACGUUAGUCAGUGGCUCCUUGCCUUUCGAUGGCCAGAAUUUAAAGGAACUGCGGGAGCGAGUCUUACGAGGGAAGUACCGUAUUCCCUUCUAUAUGUCCACCGACUGUGAAAACCUUCUGAAGAAGUUACUAGUGCUGAAUCCCAUCAAAAGAGGCAGCUUGGAACAAAUAAUGAAAGAUCGGUGGAUGAAUGUCGGUCACGAAGAAGAGGAGCUGAAGCCGUAUUCUGAGCCUGAACCAGACUUCAAUGACACAAAAAGAAUAGAUGUCAUGGUGACCAUGGGUUUUGCGCGAGAUGAGAUCAAUGACGCCUUAAUAAAUCAGAAAUAUGACGAAGUGAUGGCUACUUAUAUUCUCCUAGGUAGAAAACCACCUGAAUUUGAAGGCGGUGAGUCAUUAUCCGGCGGACACUUGAGUCAGAGGUCGCGGCCCAGUAGUGACUUAAACAGCAGCGCCCUGCAGUCCCCAGCUCACCUGAAGGUCCAGAGGAGCAUCUCCGCCAACCAGAAGCAGCGGCGUUUUAGUGACCAUGCUGGUCCAUCCAUUCCCCCUGCUGUGUCCUAUACAAAGAGGUCUCAGGCCAACAGUGUGGAAAGUGACCAGAAGGAGGAGUGGGACAGUGUGACCGUGCGUAAACUUGGCAGUACCACGGUCGGCUCAAAGAGCGAGAUGGCCGCCAGCCCGCUCGUGGGGCCAGAGAGGAAGAAGUCCUCGGCUAUUCCAAGUAACAACGUGUAUGCUGGUGGUAGCAUGGCAAGGAGGAAUACAUACGUCUGUGAAAGGACCACAGACCGGUACAUGGCCCUGCAGAACGGCAAAGACAGCAGCCUCUCGGAGAUGUCGGCCAGCAGCAUCUCUUCCACGGGCUCCGCUGGGGCCUCCGGUGUCCCCUCCGCACGACCUCGCCACCAGAAGUCCAUGUCCGCUUCUGGCCACCCUAUCAAAGUCACACUGCCAACCAUUAAAGACGGCUCUGAAGCUUACCGACCCGGGGCCACCCAGAGAGUGCCUGCUGCGUCCCCAUCUGCCCACAGUAUUAGUGCCAGCACCCCUGACCGGACCCGGUUUCCCCGGGGCAGCUCGAGCCGAAGCACCUUCCACGGGGAGCAGCUCCGGGAGCGGCGCAGCACCGCCUACGCCGGCCCGCCCGCCUCGCCGUCCCACGAGACGGGGGCCUUUGCCCACGCCCGGCGGGGCACGUCCACGGGGAUCAUAAGCAAGAUCACCUCCAGGUUCGUCCGCAGGGACCCAAGCGAAGGCGAAGCCAGUGGCAGAACAGACACCUCCAGAAGCACAUCAGGGGAACCGAAAGAAAGAGACAGGGAAGAAGGGAAAGACGCCAAGCCACGUUCCUUGCGCUUCACCUGGAGCAUGAAGACCACCAGCUCCAUGGACCCCAAUGACAUGAUGCGAGAGAUCCGCAAAGUGCUGGAUGCCAACAACUGUGAUUAUGAACAGAAAGAGAGGUUCUUGCUCUUCUGCGUGCACGGAGACGCCCGGCAGGACAGCCUGGUGCAGUGGGAGAUGGAAGUCUGCAAACUGCCACGGCUGUCCCUGAACGGGGUCCGCUUCAAGAGAAUAUCAGGAACGUCUAUUGCCUUUAAGAACAUUGCAUCUAAAAUAGCAAAUGAGCUCAAACUGUAAAGAAGCUCAGAUUUGCAGGAUCAGGGAAGAUACAUCCGUAUGUGGUACAGAUUUUGAAUGUACUGGUAACGCCCAACGUCAUUGGCCUGUGAAUCCCCCCCCAAUGUAGAAUUUGCCCUUAAUGCAAUAAGGUUAUACAUAGUUAUGAACUGUAAAAUUAAAGUCAAUAUGAACUAUAAUAAAUAUCUGUAGGUACAAAAAGUAGGUUCACAUGUACAGGUAAGUAUAUUGUGUAUUUCUGUUCAUUUUCUGUUCAUAGAGUUGUAUAAUAAAACAGAUGAUUGCUUAAAAACUUGUAUAGUUGUCUAGAUUUCUGCACAUAAAUGUACCUUUGAUGCUUUGAGUUGAAAGUAUUCUUCCCUGUUAUUGACAUUCAGGUGAGUUUUUUCAAUUCUUACCUCCAUCAUGCGAUUUUGAAAAUUGUGUCCAGAAUUAAGAGUGCACAGAAAUAGUCUUUAUGAUCAUAGCACGGACUUUCAAAAUUGAUUUUCAAAUCAUAUUUAAAUUAAAAACAGAAGCCGAUGAAUAGAUCGGCUUUAUUACACACAGAAUUAUUUCUGCUUAUCUUUGCUCUUCUCCUUGUUACCAGACAAGAUUUUAGUAGGGAAGAUACGCAAUGUUUACAGUGUUGGCACUUAAGACAUUUUAAAAGAAAGUACAUGAAAACAAAUUACAGCUUUGCCUUGAGCUAGCUAAGAAGCACUGGGGGUCGGGGGGAGUGAAACCUACAUCCAGUUUCUUUUGAACUUGAACGUGUUUUCUGACCCCCCUGCUAACUGUAGCAGCAAAAUAAAAAAGAAUCAAUUCUCUAUUUGGCUAUGAUCAUGUACACUGUCACUUCCGUUCACUGACACCUCGGUGUCAUCGUGGGAAAAGAACAAUAUCAGGACCGUUUCAUAGCACACACUCAUCUUGACAGUGCUGGUCAGUCCAGCAGUUAGGAAAUCAUGUCCCCUCAGGAAUCAGCUGGCCUUGGGAAGGUUCUCCUCUUCCUCCUCCCAUCCUCUUCAUCCACGCCCACCCCAGUCAUAUCUGUAAGUACUUCAGAGACGGUUGAGCAAAACGUAACUAUUUAUAACAGUAUAUACGGUUGGUUAAUGCUUACGUGAUUGGUUCCCAUGCAACCUGUUUGUUUUGACUAUUUUGCCAGAUCUCCUGUGUUUAUCCCCUGUAUUUAUUUAUGCCUCUACGGUGCAGCUUUGUAAUUGGGCGUUUGCCCGCUUUCCUCUCAGAAUUAGUGAUCUUUGCGAUGUAAAGCCACUAGUAAAGGUACAUUUUAAUACUUGGUAUUUUAUGCUGAACUAGCCUCGGAAGCUGGCUGUGCCAUGUUAUUUAACGUCGUAAUUACUGUAAUAUCUACAUACGGGCCUCAUCUGCACACUCCUGGGAAAUAGAAAGUGUACUCAAAUACUACCCGUGUAAAGAAAGCUGAAGCUGUGGUGACUCCCAUGAUUCCGGCGGAGAACUCUCGGUGUAGGUGCCGGGUCGUUCCCAGGGCUUCCAGACGAGGGGGGAUCUUGCGUUCUGUACUCUGCUGUGACGUUGCGCUCUCCUGUACCCGUUCUGUCCACAAACAAAGUGUCGUUUUGCCUUGGCAGAGGGUGGUGUUUGGAAAACAAGAACAACUGUGUAGCCCCCUUUUCCCCGAGUGUUCAUCCUCAAAACUUGAUGCAAAUCUCACUCUCACUGGUGCACACUGAAAUUUUACUUGAACCGUUCU